CCAUCCUUCCGUGCAAUGCGAUCCCAUACCGCCUUCCGGCUCCUACAGCAAGUUUGUGUGAGCCAGCCUGCGGUUUUGUUUACAGAAAGACCGCAAAUUUGCCAAAUAACCCGUCAGGACCGGCGUUAUAGCGGUACGGAAUUCUUUCCUAGUACGAUUUAUGCGGGAUAAACCGACGACUCAACGGAGAACGGUAAACCGCGAUCAACAGGACGCGAUCCAUCCGACACACAGCAGCGGGGUUUGGUUGCGCUUUAAUCCCAAACAGCACACGCAGGUGGAACAGAAAGACGUCUAUUAGAAGUUCACGAAGAGAGUUUGGCUCCGCCUCCUCCCCAGAUGAUAUGACAUCACUCUGCGGUUACCACAGAAACCAGGGCUCCACUGCAGACGGCUGACAGCCAAGCAGGUGGUGUGAUGGCUGCCCAGGUGGAGUUUGAUGCUGGGCGGCCAAGUAUGGGGAGUCGUCUGCACCUCAGCCCUCUCAUUGACUCUAGCAACAAGAGCUUAGUGGAGGCUUCUGGUGGCCCACAGGGAUCACUUAUUAUAUCCUCAGAGCCUACCAAACCUGUCCCAGGCCCCAAACCCAGAUUGACCCCUAAACCUUUCACUGUGGAAAAAAAUCCUACUAUACGCCACAUUAUUGCUCCUAAACCACAGCCGAAACCUAAACCUGAAUCCACACAACUAGCUCCCAGCAAGCCAGACCCACCAAGCACACCUAAACCACAGCCAGCCGGUAAACCCAAUCUACCAUCCACAAAUUCAAAUCGGCCUGAAUCCUUUGCCUUUAAAACAGGUCCGAAGACAAGCGCAGGACAAACAAACAAACCGGUGGCACAGCCCUUUAAACCAGCACCUACUAUUACCUCUACGGAUGUGAACAAAUCUAAGCCGACCCCAAGUGGAGAUGUACUGAGAAGAACAAGUUUUGGAUCCACACCAGCUCGACCAAAAACGAAUGUUCAGGCCUCAACUCCUGGUGCUGAAUGGCCCUUUGCGUCCCAAAAUAAAACACCUGGCCUGUCAAUCAUUCGGGCUAAAUCAAUGUGCUUCCUAACAGAGAUUGGGCAGAAUUUUGAGAAUACUAAAGAGGACAUCGGUGCCAAGGAUGAGAGUUCUUCUGCUGUUCUUCGGCCCCAGUCGAAAGGUUCAAGAGCCAGACCGGUUUCAGCUGUGUUCUCUCCGAACCCCACACAAUUGGAGUCCCUCUCUCCUGCUCCUCGCUGGGCAGAAAGACGGCCACUUUCCUCUGACCUUACUUCAAAGUUUGAGUCAGUUGGGUUGUUCCUACACCGCCGACCUGGUAAGGAGGACAGUAAAGAAAACACUCCAGAAACAACAGAGGGUGUUGGAGCUGUAAGUCUGAGAGAGAAAGAAAAUGCAGAAGGGCGCAACAAGCCCUCUGUGCCUGAUAAAAUAAGUCAAAAGACAGAACUAAGAGACACAGACUCUAAACCUGAGGACAUAGGAGAAAGCAGUAUAAGGAGGCGCAUCAGUUUGCUCCUGGAUUCUUCUUCAUCUUUCGCGGUAGCACGUGUGGAUACUCAAGGGACAGAGCCUCAUUCACCGGUGCUGGCGGUCUCUGAUACUGAUGGUGGUGUGGGGGUGAAACAGCGAAUCAAAGAACUUACUGAAGAAGUGCCUACUACGUUGUCGCAACCCCAGAAGCCACAAAUAAGGCCACGCAGUCUUCUAUCUGACCGUACUAAAAGAUUUGAGGCAGAUAAUGAUGAUUCUAGUUCCAGUGAGUCCAAAGAUCCCCAGGAGGUUAAGGAAGAUCUCAGCAAGAAGUUCUCCAGUAUUGAAGGACAAACAGAAAACACACAGGAAACCAGCAAGUUACCAUCACAUGGUGUUCAAGACCUGCCCACCCACUCUUUAGAUAGUGAUGGCGUGCAAACGGUACGAGCAGCUAUGUUUGAGCAUGUGGUGGAGAGGCAUAGUGUUCAAGUGAUGGAAGAUUGCAUCUCACAAGGCCCAGCACAGCAGCAAAGCACAGUUAAACGCACACCCAGGCGGAAUCACUCUUUGCGGAUUCGAGACAAUACCUUUAAAGCUCUUGAAGAUGAUGAUCCUGGUAGUUUGGUCAAAGCAACAUACAGAGAGCAAAUUUCCCCUCUUAGCCCUGUUUGUGUAGACCAUGUUGUUGGCUCCGUGGCCUCAUUUGAAGAGAGCCGUGCUGUUAGUGAGUCACUACCAACAGCUCAUCUGGAGGACCGUGCUCUCACCCUUCGUUCACGUCGAUCAGGUCCUCUGGAGAAAGAGGAUAGACCCACCACAGAGAUUAGUAACCCGCAAGCUAAUAAAGAGAGCACAUCUGCUGCCUCUUUGAUGGAGACACGCAAUCCUCGCUACCUCAGGGUGGGUGCACUGAAGAAAUGGAAUGUAACAGAUGUGGACAGGGAGUUUGAAACUGAAAGAGAAAUGGUGAGAAAGAUGGAAGAAGAGAUACAAAAGCAGAUUGAAGUGCACAUGGCUGCAACAGCAGCCUUGGAGGAAGAGGAGGAAGAUAGUGGAACAGUAGGGUUAACACCGAUAGAAGCACAAAGGGAAAGAGAGAGGGAACAAGAGGAAGUUGCAGCAGCAAAGCGGCCUAAGAUGCUGGAGCACGAAGAGCAUGCAAACAAACCUAGAGCCACAUACUUUGCUCUGACUGGUCAGAUUCAUGAGACUGUUCACCAAGGUGAGAGAGUAAAUGAAGAAGAGAUCUUUGGUAGAGGUAAACAAGCAAUGGUGGGUGGAGAGGACAGAGGGAUGAAGAGGGAAGGGCCAUUCGAUGAUUUCACUUUUAGAACAGGGCAGUGGGCUGCUCAGAAUCCAUUUGCUCCAUUUAAAAGAAAUUCUUCACUGGAGGCUGCAAUGCAUAAAGAUGUGGUGGAGGAACUACAUGUACAUGACACCGAGGGAAUCGAUCACAGAUUACAAGACAGGGAACGACACAGAGCAACCAAGGAGGAGAUGGAAAAAGACAAUCAAAGAUCAGUAGAGUUUGAAAAGAUGAAACAAUUGGAAAGGAUGCGAGAAAAAAAACAGAGAGAGCUGGAGAUGGAGAAUCAAAGGGAAAUUGAAAAAAGGAGACAAAUAGAGAUAGAGAGACUAAAACAAUUGGAAAGACAAAGAGAGCAAGAGAGAGAUAUCCAGAGGGAGUUAGAGAGGCAAAGGGAAAUAGAACGACAGAAACGAGAAAAGGAACGACAGAAGCAAAUGGAAUAUGAGAGAAUGAAGGCUGCAGAAAAAGAGCUCGAGCUGCAGAGAGAGUUUGAAAGGAAACGUCAAAAAGAGUUUGAGCGUGAGAAGGAGAGAAUGCUUGACCAGGAGAAACUUAGGCUUCGAGAAUUUGAAAAACUGAAAGAGAUGCAAAGAGAAAGAGAGAGACAGAUAGAGUUAGAACAACAGAGGGAAGUUGAAAGACAAAAACAGAGAGAACUUGAAAAACAACAAGAAAUUGAGCGGCAGAAGGAGUUAGAAAGACAAAGGGAAUUGGAGAGACGGCGUGAGUUGGAGAAACAGAGAGAGAUUGAAAAAGAAACACAGAGACAAUUGGAAAGACAGAGAGAACUAGACAGACAAAGGGAACUAGAGAGGCAGCGGGAUCUGGAGAGACAACUGGAGAUGGAAAGACAUAGGGAGUUGGAGAGGCAGAGGGAGAUGGAGAUGGAGAGGCAGAAAGAACUUGGAAGACUGAAACAGACAGAGAUGGAGAGGUGGAAAAAACAGAAAGCUGAGGAGAGGGAAAGGAAGAAAGAGCUGGAAGAGCUUGAGAGAAUAAAGGAGCUUGAGAGACAACAACUUCUAGAUUUUGAGCUGCAGAGACAGGGUGAAAGGCCACUCCAGCAAGAGCAUAGGAAACACAGAGCAAAAGGAACAACUGAACUAGAGGGGGACAGAAAGCAGCAAUCUGAACGCCAGAGGGGAGUGGUACGACGGGCGGGAGUAGAGCAAGAAAAGAGAACAGCUACAUCUCCACUUCGGCCCAAGGUUCUAGAUCUGGACCAAGUCUAUUUGGGUGCUCGGGCUGGUCGAGAUGAGAAUAGUCCAACAGCCAGAUGGAAGCAGCCAUCACUUCGUCCUGAUGAGGUUUACAGGCCAGCCAUCCUAGACAUAGACUCAUUCAGAAGUCAAACCCAACCUGAUUGUUUAACUGGUCAAGUGACUCAUGGUCGUCCACAAUCUACACAGCUGAAUCUACCCCAGCCCCACACAGCACCUCAAGGUCAGUCUCUUCCUCAGCCACUAUUCCACCCUCAGUCCCAGGCUUUCUUACAUCCCUCCCCGGCAGAACGGAUGAGAACUCAACUUCCUUCACCUCUGCAACCCCAAAUUCUUCACCAAAACCAACAGAAUGUACUGCCCUUAAAUACAGAAAUACCUGAGUACCAAGCUCAUUCACUGACCGAGACCUCAGAUUGGGCCUUUUUUGCGCUGCAGCCAAGCUCUGCUUUGCCCCAAGCACAAACUAAUGUUUGGGGACAAAAAGAGCUGGCUGUGGAUGAGCCUCUUUGGGUAUCAGCCACAGAAGGUUCCCGAAGGCCCAUUAGCACCAGACCCGCCAGCCUUGAGCAACAACUUUUGCGUCCAGAGGAAAGAGGUUUAGCUAAUGUUUUGACACCAAAUCCAGCCACUGCCAUGUCACCUGUGUUUACCCCCGUACAGCAGACCUCUAUUGCAGCCCCCUCGAUUGCCAUUCAGACUCCUUCGCCGACUGUGCAAUCAAACCUUUGGCCUCCUGCAACCCCUAUCCUGAACACGGAGGGAAGCUGGACUUCAGUACCUUUCAGUGGUGGGUCAAGCGCGUCCUUGGCCCUUUCUCCUGCAACACCAUUAGUUGGGAAAGACACCUUGGUGCCCGGUAGUCAAAAUGCGACCUCUGUGUCUGAUCCUACAUGGAGCCCAAACUGGGAGCAGGUUUCCCAGGGUCAGAGAGAGAACCGUGCACCACAUAGGGACAAAGGACAACAGAAACGUUCAAGGAGUAUGUGUCGAAAGUCUGAUCUGUCAAAAGUCUAUUUUGAUGAUGGCCCGCCUGUCCAUGUGAGAACUCGCAGAAGUCGGAGCGCACACAGAGAAAAAUGUGGAGAGAGCUCGGAGCUGGUAAAACGGUGUGUGGGACAAGAACAAGAGGAGAAUAAAGACACAGACAAUCUAGUGCAGGAGACAGACAGCCAGUACGGCACAUGGGAGACGGGCCUUCGUACAGAUGAAAGCCUUACUCCAGCUACACCUUCACCCGAAAGCAACCUCACCCCAUCGCCACGGAAACCCAGCCCACCCCACACGUCAGAACAGAAUCUUCUCAUCGACACAACAGACGGCUUUGCCACCUCUCCUCACAGACAGACUGAGCUCCCAUUUCCAGAGACACCCACAAUACUGUUAGACAACAGUGCACAACGUGCCAAGGCUCAGUUGAGAAGUAAGAGCACUCGCCGAGCCCCUCCCUCUCGAGCCGCCCGGCACAGCGCCAUGUUAUCACAAGUACCUGAAGCAGGAGCAGGAGGGGAUGAAUGGCGCUACAGAGAUACAACAGAGGAUAAGACUGACUCUUCUAAACCAGAGGAGGAGUCAGACUCCGAAGAGCAGACCAAGGGACUGAAGUCCCGUUCAUCUUCCAGCUCUUCGCAACCACAGAGAGUGGCUCUCUUCCCAGGAAUGGACCCAUCUGCCCUGAUGGCCCAGCUAAAGAAGAGAGAGUCAGACAAUCAGACAGACGGACCCUCACCCUUACAGCUCUCACGCUCACCUAAAUCUCCAUUCAUGCCCCGAGCCGCCCGUGUGCUGCCUCCUGCUGGUGGCAAAGAGAAUGGAGAGGAGUCUUCACCUCAGUGGCUGAAGGAACUAAAGACUAAGAAACGUUUGAGUCAAUAUGAAACCGAUAAUACAGCCUGAACAGACAGGAUGCCUUAUAACUGCAGUAUCUGUAGCUGUAAAUCAUGAAAGAAGCCUUAACCUUUGACCGGGAGCGGACGGGAAUUCUGCUGCUGCUGCUGACUACAACAUUUAUUUUUUUGUUUCUUUUACUAUCCUGUCGUGUACACGUGCAUGGUGCCUUUCUAAAAGAUGUCUGGCGGAUAAAAGGGCAAAGCAGAGAUCUGUGUUUGAAAGCGUGUCUGUGUUUCUGUUGUAGUCCUUUGUCAUACGAGAGAAUUAUUUUAUUUCAAAGAGCCACUUUAUCUACGAGUGAGCGAGAGAUCACGAUUAAAGUGGAACUGAUGUUUCCAUCAGGAUUUAUUCCACCUGUGGGACCACGCGCAUCUACAGUAACCCGAAGUGCUUCAUAUUAUUGGAGUAUGGACCGGUUAUUUUGUUAAUAUUAGAAGAGCUUUCAUAUUCUUUGUGUUAUUUUUUAACAUUUUCAUGUAGUUGAUGGGUAUAGGCAUCAGUUGCACAAGCAUCUCCAUAGACAUCGUGAUUUUCUUGAACUAAUCAAUGAAUCAAUGCGGCGCUACCUGACUGUAUAGAAAAUGUAUUUAGUUAUGGCAGAUAUUAAUGUAAUCACAAAAUGUUAUAUUUGUAUUAAUGAAAGAGGAAAAUGGUUUGUGUAACUCAGUGAAGAGUUCUUCAUGUAAGAAGCAAGCGGAGUGCGUGUAUGUGUGUGUUAGCGAAUGCAGGAGAGAAAGAGUUUGAUGCUUUGUUUGGGUGGGUCACUGAAUGCAUUUAGUUGAUCAGUUUGCACAUCUCCACUCCAAAUAACCCAGAUUGACCAGACAAAGUAGAUUUGAUUCAUUAAAAUCAUGUGUUUCACUUUUAGCAUUCCAUUUCUCAUUUGAAAAAAUUGCAAUUCAAGCGCAUGUACAAUCAAUCAUUCCCUUUAUUUUUCUAAAUGUUUUACUUUAAUACCUGCUUUAAGGAUGGGCCACACAUGAAUGGGGGUAAAUUGCAAGUCAAAAUGUCUCUUAGAUCAAUCAUCCGUCUUAAAAUGUAUCGAUACAAAGGGAAAAAUGUUCAAAUUUUAUCCUAACUGUAAGGUCAUACAGCUUGAGCUUAAUAUUUUUAUACUAGUUUGCUUCAGCAGAAUUUAAAAUAUAAAUGUACUGUAAGCAUAGUUCACGUUACAUUGCACAUUUGUUGUAUUUUUGAAAAACACAGGGCCAUGGUGUCUAUCCCACCUAAAGAGCUGAGUUUCAACAAGCACUUUCACCUGUUAAAGAACAGAACUGUUUUGUGGUCACUGACGAGUAGUCCCUUUUAAGCAUGAGUUGUCACCCUUGAUGUUUAUAUUGUGAUGUCUGUAUGCUGAAGGUAUGCGAGAUAUAUGUCUUACGGUUCUUUUUAGUUUCCUUUUUUUGUUUUCUGCUUCUUUUCUUUGCGUACAGUUGUUAUAGUCUGUUUAAGGGUAAUUUGUCCUUUUUAUUUUAAAUAUGAUUGUAAAGAUGUUUAUUGCACUGUUGUAAUGCCAGUGUCCAGAACUGUAAAUUCAUAAUAAAAUUUACUAUGAA